ACGAAUUCGAGAUUCAUGUUAGAACCAGUUUCGCCAAAGCAGAACACGGUAUGUGGAUUUUUUGCGUCCAGCAUAUAUGUGAGACAAGUUGAGUACGUUUAUUUUCAUCGAAAUACUGGUCGCCAUGUCCGGUGCGACCUGCCCGAUGGUGUGCCGGGAGUUGCUUUGUGCUCAACGGUAUAUUUAAGAGUGGUUUCAGCGCACCGUAAACUCACUCGACAUCGUACCGUUCACCAGAAAGCUGUGUUCAACGGCUCGAUCAUGCACACAUCUGUAAAGUGUUUGACACUCCUGCUGGGGGUGGCAGCUGCAUCUCUUGGCCCUUUCGAAGAACUCUACACUUGGAAGCAGCUCGACUUUCAAUUCCCAACUUCCAAUGCUCGGGAGGCAGCGAUCGCCUCUGGUGACUUUGUUCAGAUCAACAACCUUCCGGUAGGCAUUGAAAUCUGGAAGGACAAGUUAUUCGUCACAGUACCGAGAUGGAAGAAGGGAGUUCCCUCGAAUUUAAAUUACAUCUCACUGUCGAACACAACCGGUAACAAAUCACCAGCCCUAACUCCGUACCCAGAUUGGGAGACGAACGACAUUCACCAAACCGGAAAAGAGUCCAUAGUCAACAUCUUCCGGCUGGCGGUGGAUUCCUGCGAUCGCUUAUGGGGUAUUGACGCAGGUUCCGACGACAUUCUGGGCGAAGGUGCCUUGGUAGCUCCGGUUCAGCUGAUCGUGAUCGAUCUGAAGACUGACCAAGUCAUUCGACGUUACCGUCUCACCGACGCUGACCAGAGGUUUGAGUCCUUCUUUGCCAAUCUGGUCGUCGACGUGGAGGCUGAUGCCUGCGAUCAGGCCUUCGCUUACGUCUCUGACCUCGGUGCCAACGGUCUGGUUGUCUACAGCUGGGAAAAGAACAAGUCGUGGAGAGUCGACCACAACUUUUUUGCGUUUGACCCUCUGCACGGUGACUUCAACGUCAGUGGAAUCAACUUCCAGUGGACCGAUGGGAUCUUCGGCCUUGCUCUGAGCCCGUUACGGAGUGACGGCUCCAAAAGCUUGUAUUUCCACGCCUUGGCCUCAAUCACCGAGUUCGAGGUGUCAACGACUGUUUUGAAAGACGAAGUACUGGCAACUUCGAACGGGAAUUAUUACCACUUCAAGAGACUCGGUUACAAGGGUGAGCUCAGUCAGUGUACGGCAUCUGUGAUGGACUGGAAGAGCGGAGUGGCUUUCUUCGCAGCUGUGAACAGAGACGGGAUCGCAUGUUGGAACACGAAGAAGUCGCUGGAUCAGUCCAGCUUCCGUCUUGUUGCCGAAGACCACGACGCUCUGGUGUUCCCGAACGAUAUCAAGAUCGCCCAAGAUACUAGACAGCUCUACGUUAUCUCCGACAAAAUGCCACUGUUUCAAUAUGCCAACAUAGAUCCUCAGCAGAUCAAUUAUCGUAUUCUCAAAGCACCCGUCGAUGAAGCGGUAAAGACUUGUCUGAGACGAAGAAUUCGGAGCACCAAACCUUCGCAGUACCAGUUCCACCAAGACCCAAAAUCGCGUUUUCCAAAUUAUUACGAUUAGACACCGGUGUUGGUUCUGAUCCAGUCGCGGUAGAUAGCGGUGCGAGCAUAGACUCCAGGGCUGUUGGAACGAGCGCAACCAUUACCCCAGGACACGACACCGAUGAGGCUGCCACCGCUGACAAGAGGACCUCCGGAAUCUCCCUGGCAUGCGUCACGACCUCCGGCAAGGUAGCCGGCGCAGAGCAUGUUGCUGGUGAUGCCACCCCAGUAGAGAAGGUUGCAGGUGGUUUGGGCAACAACCGGCACCGAGACCUGUUGCAGGACAGUAGGCAGGCUGCUGGCGCCCUCAGUCAUGGUACCCCAUCCAGAAACAACGGCAUAGACUCCACUGGAGACGGCUUGUCCCUGGGAGGGAAGAGCCACAGCCCGGACGGUGCUGCUCAGGGUGAAAGCAACGCUCACUCUGAGAAGACUGAUGUCGUUGUCAAUGGUCCUCGCGUUGUAACUGGGGUGGUUGA